AAGUCAAGAGAGCAGCCGUCGCCUAGCUGGCACCUGUCUAGCACCAUGGGCUCGUCUUCGUCAGCUCCAGGCGGCCCUCCCGGGCAACUUUCAGAUACCGCCAAGGAUAUCGGAAUGCAAGUUGGAGCAUCUUUCAAGGAGGCCAAGAUGAAAUCGGAUGGGUGCUUCAGCUGUUCGGGAAGGCCAAAGACUUUCGUGAAGAGUGUGACCAUCAACGAGAGGGAAUAUGUAGGACCCUUUUACGACUACUCACAGCGGCAUUCCACCACGGUGGAUCUGGAGCAUGAGAGGGACAAACGAUACAACCACAUUUGGUACCGCACUCAAACGGAAUAUUGUGGCUGCUGCUGGGUUUGAGGUAUUGCAGGCCUUGGCAAACCAUGAGCACUGCAGCAACGGGCAUGCUUCCAGAAGCUCAGCUUGGCCAGAAGCGCACAUUGACCAAAGAAGAGUG